AAUAGCUCAGCGCGAAGUGCUGUGCGCCAUGGCGCGUAGCUCUUUGAAGCUCACACCGGCCCUUUGGGCUCUUUGGGCCCUUUGGGCCCUUUUGGCUGGGUUUGCCUUCGUGACACCGACCGUGCGGCUGCGUGGCAUGCGUGGCACCCCCGAGAGCCUCAUAUCCAGCGGAGCACUGGUGAAGGAGCCUGCACCACGACUGGGGCAAGGCUACGCCGCGGUGUCGGUUCUAACGCUGGUAUCUUGGACCCUGUGCGCUGUGAUGGCCCUGGCACGGCACCCCGCGGUCAUCAAGCUGCCAUUGAGGCACAAUGUGCUGACUGUAGCUCAGGCACUCACACCGUUGCCUUUGGGCUGUGCAGUGCUUGGGUCUCUGACAAACUCAGCUAGUACAGAAGGGUGGUGGGCAAUGAACAGGAUGACCUAUCGCCGAUUGAACUUGGCGAUUUUCAUGCUGUCUCUGUGGCUUGCAGCCGCCACAGCAUUUGCUCCAAGUUUCGCAAGAGGCUAUCAGCUAUAUCCCAAGGGCUUUGCAGUGGGCAUCACGCUUUGCCAUUCAAUUUGUGCGGCCUAUUGCCUUACAGUGUGGCUCAAAAGCGUGAUGCCUUCGCCACAGCCUAUUGCAGGACACUACCUGCCACGCCUUGUUCGUGGCAUUGUCGGGUCCUUCUGGGCCUUGUUCCCAGCAACUUCAGAGACCUCGAGCAUCAGCUCCUCUGGCAGUGCCUCUCACCUGGAUGACCCGGAAUCCACCGCCGGCUCGGACGGGAGGAAUGAGUAUUCCAUGGCUACCGUGCUCUUCCUCUGCUUUGCAGUUAUGCCGUUCUUGGUCAGUUUCCCAUUUGCAGGGGUGGCCACCGUAGGACUGGGACCUUUGAGCCGUGCUGGCGCAGCCUGGACCUUCUUGGCAGCCGUGGCAGCCUAUGUCUUGAAGGAUGCUACACAACGUGGCCGGAUCCACAGUGGAAAGACCUUUCGCUACCUGAGGUGGGGCUUUGUGGCUUCUUCUGGAAGCCACUUGCUGCUUGUAGCCUUGACGUUUGCGGGCAUGGACGGUGGACGCGCAGCCUUGCACAAAUUCUACGCAGGGACAAUGUCCUGUCCCAAAUUAGCUUGGCUAUCUUUGGUGAUGCAUGCCUUGGUGGUCUUCGCUGCGUUGACGCCACCACCGAAGGUCGCCAAAGCUGCGAACACACCGCCUGCGGCACCGACCUUUGAAGAGCCGCUCCCUCCGCCUCCGCCAGACCCCGUCGUGUCGCCGUCGCCAGUGGCGCCAGUGGCGGCACCUGUCGUGUCACCUCCACCGGUCGCCACCGGAGGAAGUUUUGAGGUGAACCAGCGGGUGCUGUUCCGUGGGCAAGGAGGCACCGUGCGGUACAUUGGAGAGACGAACAUUGGGGUUGGGGAAUGGAUCGGAGUGGAGAUGGAUGAUGAGAUUGGAACACAUGAUGGCAGCCUCUUCGGUGUUCGCUACUUCACUUGUGCGGACCGGAAGGGGGUCUUUGCACAACCUUCGCAGUUGCAAGGUGCAUAACUCGACCUCAUCGAGGGAAUCCCAAAAGAUGAGGUGCAGGUGUAUGAUUUUCUAAUAAUUCGAUCAACG